AUGACAAGCACAACACCCACCUCGACGACGACGGAUGAGAAAUUACGAGUUUUCAUUCGUUUCAGACCACACGUUCUCGCAAUCGAUCCACCUACAGCCAACAAAGAUGAUGCCACAAAGUGUUGUGCUGCCUUUCACAAGUCAGGAAAGAAGCUCCUGUUGAAGUAUGGUGUUGAUCAACCCAAAGAAUUUCAAUUCGAUCGGGUUUUUAACAUGAACACAGCUCAGGGCGAAGUCUUUGAAGAAGCAGCCCGCCCGAUGAUCUCUACCUUCAUGUCUGGUCGAAAUGUUACCUUCUUGUCAUGGGGUGCACCACCCAAGUCAGGUAAAACUUUCACAAUAUUGGGCUCCGAAGCUGUGAAUGCUGGCUCAGUGAUCGAUUGGCAAGAGGAAAAAGAGACACUGAUGGUAUUCUGCCGAGAUUUGUUCGUGGAAUUUUCGAUGCUAUUGUGGAGAGUCCAGAAACACUUUCAUUCACAAUUAAAUCAUGUUCAACAACAACACUCCGAAGAUUUCACUGGUCUCGAAUGUCUAUUGCAGGAGGAUACACAAGAAAUUGAAAUUAACGGACUCAUUGAACAAUUCGUGGAGGCUGAUGACGAGUUAUUAGACAUUUUGGCUUCAUCAAUUCAAAAACGAAAAAUUGAAAAAGUUAAAAAAGAUACAAAAUUUGCUUCCAACCUCAAAUUGACUUGUAUCGAUCUUGAAUCUCCCUUAAUUGAUAUUUCAGAAGAAGAGGCCGAAGAACUCGAAAAUGGACAUGCGACAUUUUCCGAUUUGUGCAACUUGAUGAAUGAUCCCAAAUCUCAAGAGGAUGACUCCCAGUUCUAUUCCUCGAGCUUAUCAGCUAUUCUAUAUUCUCGCUCUUUGCACAACUGUAUUGCUACCACCUUUAUAAAUUGCUCACCCGCCAUUCCUCAUGCAGCUCAAUUCACUCUGGGAGUUUUGGAAUUUGCGGACACAGCUUUGAAAAACCUUGUGGUACGAGGAGUGAAAACAGAGAACCUUUUACCAUUUGUGCCGGAUGACGCUGUUGUUGCAGUUCUCAUCCAGGUUUUAGCUCCUGUUUCUGAUCUCACAAAGACCAUUGACUCUACUGCAGAACAAUUAAUUACUUCCGUUGCUACGGAUCUCAAAAAACUUCAAGACACAGAAAAGGAGUACUACCAACAAAAGCAACAAAUUAAGAAUUUGCAACAAAACUUGGAAGAAACAAACUCUCAAUAUAGAGCAUUACAAGAGGUCAAUUCCACACUGAAGGAUCAGAUCGAUCAGUUACAACUUCAACUUAGCAAGACCACUAUUUCAAGCAAGUUGUUGUUACUGAGAAAGCAAAUCAAACGUGCCAAGACUGAAGUGAGAGAAAAAUUAACAGUAGAUGUGAAACAAUUUUGUGCAAACGCUCAAACUUCACUUUUUGAAACCAUGGGUCCUUCCAUGUUAGAAACCAUUAACACACAACUCAGUCUUAUCAAGAUUGAAAAUGAAAAGAAUAUUACUUUGCUGAACAAACAGCUCGAGGAAUCAAAGAAAGAAGUUUCCAAACUGAAGGAUGAAAUGAACAAGACCUUGGAAGAAAGAAAUGCUCUCAAACAAGAAAUUGACAAACAAAAACAAACAAUGAACGAAUUGUCACAAAGGAUUGCCGCUUUGGAGAAGCAAGAACAAGAAGCAAGUUCAAAGAUUUCCACUUAUCAAAAAGAAAAUGCUGAAUAUGAAAAAUCAAUUGAACAAAACAAAUUAGAAAUCUCUUACUUGAAAGAAAGUGUGAAACAAGAAAAGGCAAGUAGAGAAAAUACUUUCAAUGAGUUGGAAGUAGAGAAGAAACAAAAGUUAGAGCUCGAAAAGGAGGUAUCACAACUCAAAUCGAAUAUCGAGUCCUUAAAAUCGACCAUUUCAUCCAAGGAAGAAGAGCUUAAAACAUUGAUCAAGAAACAAGAACUGACCAAUUUGAAAAAUGAAAAAUCCACUCUGGAAACCAAGCUCAAGGAACUCGAAAACCAAUUGCGUACCGAGAAAGAAAAGGCUGCAGACCUUGAAAAGAAAUUAUCAGCCACUCAAACUACCCUCUCUCAACAUAGAAAAACCAUUGAGGAUAAAUCAAAAGAGAUUCAAACUUUAAAUAACAAGAUUUCUGAGAACACUCUUCAAAUUGAGAAUUUACAAAAACAGAAUUCUGAUCUGAAAAAGGAAAUUGAAGAAAUCAAUUCACAACUUGGCCAGAAGAGAGAAGAAGUGAGCAAACUGAGAGAUCGUGCUGAAAAAGCUGAAAAGCAAAAUGAAAUUCUCAACAAUGACAAGGUAAAAUCUGAAAAUACCAUUGCUGAGAUCAGGUCCAGUCUUCAAGAGGCAGCCAAAAAAGAACUCGAGACCAAACAAAACAUGACCUCACUUCAGGAGAAAUUGAGAAUCAAAGAACUAUCUUCUGAGAUUACUCAACUGCAAGAUGAAAAAUUGAAACAAAAGAAUCAAUUGCAAACAGAGAUUGAUUCACUUACACAAUCUGUUGAAAAGUUGAAUAAGGAAAAGGAAGCUCUUUCUGUGGAAAUUUCAAGCUUACGCUCUGAAUUGGAGAAGGAAUCUGCUGAAUUGGUAGAGUGGAAGAAAAACACGAAAACGCCUUUUCAACAAUUACAAGAAGAGUACUCUCGAAAUAUUGAAGAUGAAAAGACAUCUUCCCAAAACAAGGUUGAAAAAUUGACUAAUGAACUGCAAGAAGUUGAAAAGAAGCUGAAAGAUUCUAAAAUCGAGUUGGAUCGUAUUACUACCGACUAUGAAAACAAACUCUCAUCUCUCCGUGAUGCCAAUCAAAAACUUGAGAAAGAGCUCUCCGAAAAAAGUACUGCCGUUCUUUCCAACAUGUCCAGUGUUGAGAGUAUCAAUCAGGAAAAUCAAGAUCUGUUGAAGAAGGUAGAAGCACUGCAAAAUGAUCUCAAGGAAAAGGAUUCACAGUAUCAACAACUUGUCAAAGAUCAUGAACGUGUGAAGAAAGAACUUGAAGAUGAGAAAAAUAAUUUGACCAGCCUGAAAUCAAAAUAUGAAGAAACUAAGAACGAUCUUAACCGAGCACUGAGAUCCAAUCAGCUCAAAGAAAGUCUCUCUGAGGAACAAAAUCAAGUCAAAAAUCUCAAAUCUUUGGUUGAAGAGAAAAAUUCAGAAGUGGAGAGAACGAGAACAGAAUUGGUUGAAUCACGAUCUAAGGUGGAUAAUUUGGAAAUAUCUCUAAAAGAAGAAAAGCAAAAAUCCAUUCUUUUGAUUCAACAAACAAAGAGUGAACUUGAAAUGGAGAAGAAUAAGGCAGUUGAGGAAGAACGUAAAUUAGUCACAGCUCGAUAUGAAAAUGAAAUAGUUGAAAAAAUUAAAGAAGUUACUGAAAAACAUUCUGUGGCUUUGAAAGAGCACGAGAGGAAACUACGAGAUGCUGAAAAUGAUCAUUUACAAGCCAUUGAUGAUUUGAAAGUCAAACAUCAAAGUGAAUUGGAAAAAGUACAACAAAAGCACAAACAAGAGCGACUUGAAUUACAAAAGGAAAUUAUGGAAUUGACUGACAAAUCCGAACAGAAAGAUAACACAAUUUCAGAUUUGGAAAAUCAAAUCUCUAACAUUCACUCACAAUAUGAAGACAAGAAAGCAGAGCUUGAAGCAGCAAAAGACAAGAUUUCUGAACUCAAUUCCACCAUUACCGAUCUCAAUAAUACGAUCACCUCUCUUAACGAAAAGAAUGACAUGUUAUUGAAACAAUUAUCACAACAGGCUGAACAAAUCCAACAACAAGAACAAGAACUCCUUUCUGCCAAACACAAACAAGAAGGAUUGCAAGCAGAGCUUAAGCAAGCAGAAGCUAAACAAGAAAGGUUAAAGGCGCAACAACAAGAGAAGCAACAUGAAAAGCCACAACCAACACCACCAACACCAGUCGUUCAAGAUGAUCAAUCUCAGCCAUCCUCUUACCAGGAAGAAACUCCACUACACGGUCAACAACAACCUGUCGCAACCACUAAAAAGGUUGUUCGUGUGGUUAGAAGAACAGUGGUCAUGUCCAAAGAAGGUCUAUCACCAACUGAACAAUCUUCGCCAUCCAGUCCUGUGACAACAUCCACCUCAGCUUCCACUUCUCCUCCAAGUUCGAAUGUCAACACUGUCACGUCAUCACCCAUGAAAAAGACCUUGAACACAAGUGGUUCGAUCAUUGUGACCUCUCCUUCACUACAACCACAACAACAAACACCAAAAUCUACUUCCACCCCAGAGACUUCACAUUCCUCUUCAACUGUUGUUGAACAUUCUCCUUCAGAUGCAGUCACAACUUCCACAAGUGACGACACCUCCAAUAAUGACUAUUAUGAAGACAAUGAACCAAACUUGGAAAUUUUAGGACCUACCAAAUCUAAAAGUCGUUUCCCUGUCUUCUCUUCACAUUCGGGUGAUGUCAGCACCGAUAAAAAGAAACGUGCUUCUGUACGUUUGAGAACCACUUCAAUCGCUACUCUAUCGACACCAGUUCACCACUCGACAAAACAGCUCGAAACAGCGAAUGAUUACACCAGCGACUUUACUGCAUUUGCCAAUCCACUGUUUGAUAGCAAUGGAAGUGACAACUUGUCAUUUUCUUCGUCCUUAUUAAGCAGUUCUUCCACUACUGUUCGAACUUCAGUACGAGGAUCCACUCUCAUCAAUGUCAAACCAAAAACCACAAAUUCCUCAUCAUCCUCUCUCACAAGUAGUGGCAACAGUGGAAAUUUAUCAACAGCUGAUCGAGCAGAGAAAGCAAAAAACAAAACAGGAUUUCUCGUGAAACAAGGAGGAGGAUUUAAGAGUUGGAAGAAACGAUAUUUCAUUAUUGAAAGUGUAGAAUCCUCUCCAAGCCAAUAUCAACUCUCUUAUUAUAAACAGAAAGGAGAUCCAAAGCCAAUUGAUUCCAUCUCAUUGAAGGGUACACGAGUUCAAUAUGCAUCUGAGAGUGACAAGGACUUGAGUGGUAGAUUGUAUUGUUUCAAAUUGUCGACUGCUACUCGAACCUACGUAUUUGAUGCUUCUUCUUCUGAGGAUCGAACAGAUUGGGUGGACGCCUUAGAUAUUUUAAUUGUCUUGUCCAAUAAAUAUAACUAA